UCAGAAAGUCGGAGCAAAUCAGAAGAAAUCAAAGCCGAAUUCGAUAAGUAGAAUAAUAUUACGAAUCAUUGUCGUCCUAUCCCUUACAAGAUCAAACCAGCCAGAGAAAAAUGAUGAUAUUCACGAUGCGUAUGAGCUUCAGAACAAGUUCUGGAUUACUGUCCGACAGAUCGAGAGCUGGUGACUUGUAUGAAAGCCAGCACAACGACAAGACGAGGCGAUGGACUCGGUGGACAAAGGAACACGAGAUCCGUCAGCGAGUGUGGCCGACUCGCAUGUGUCGAAUGUGAACAUCACAGCUUUCGUCAGAGCGCUGUCGCUGGGACUGCUCAUUGGGUUUCUGGUUCUGACGUGCGUUGUGUUCAUGUGCAUCUCCUUUGCCCUGUGCAAGAGGAGACGAGCGUACAACCGCUACGCGAGCAGCUCGUUCGCCACGAGGCGCGAGGAAGAAAUGAAUGUCAGGUCCAAGUCUUAUCUGGACGCCACCGGACAUACGUCCAACGUCACGGUCCUCAUGCCGGGAGAAAAUUUUCCAACCCAUGUGGCAAGAAUCGUGACUUGACCUGACGAUAAUUCUGAAUACUCCUGAUUAAUAAGCACCGCGCUGUGACAAAAGGCAUUUCUCGGGCUCGA